UUAGAGACCAUUUGACAGUACAAGAAAAUCAAUAUUGGAAAAUGGGCAAACACAGGACAGCACAGCAGGAUGCUAUAUUCGUUGCAUUUAUGGAAAGACAUCCCAUAAUAGCGAAAAAUUACUACAAAGGCGACAAAUUGGCCAGUGAAGCCGCUUGGCAGAGAUUAAGCAAGGAGUUAAACAGCGUGGGACCACCUGUAAAAGAAGCCGGCGAAUGGAAGCGUGUAUGGAAGGAUUGGAAGAGCUGCAUUCGGAAGAAAAUAGCGAACAACAGGCUGGAACCAAAUAGUACGGGGAAAAGUUCUCUUUACCAGGACACGCUCACACCUUUAGAGGAUGCCGUGGCGACUAUUACAGAUCUGUACGAAAUGGCAGACAUAAUAGUUGAAUCACAGCCGAAGGCCAAGCUGCGCGUGCAUGACAUCAAACCAGAUCAGGAUGAGGAGGCAUCCGAUAAUGAAGACGAUGAGCAGGAGGAUGAUGACGACGCUGCAUCUAUCGAGUCCAUCAGCGUGCGCGACCUGGGAAUCAAAGUAGAGCAGCAGCUACAUCAACAACAUUCCACAGCCAAGAAACGCAAACACGAACAUGAGAAUCUCAAUGGAUCAGGAACUGGAGCUGGCUUCAGUGGUAAUACAGUGCUCUUGGAUAUAGCCAAGGAGCUGCGGGAGCUGAACAGGCAAACACGAUUAAAUGCCCAGCGUACAGAAGCGAAUACAGAAGCUCUUUUGGCAAUGGGUACGCAAAUCUCAGAUCUAAUGCAACAGCAGCUGAAGGAACGUAAGCGUCUCAAUGCCAUAAUGGAGAAGUUUGUGCUCAAGAUGGAAACUACCGACUAGAUGUAUAUAACACUAUAAAUUAGCUCAACAAUAUAUAUUGUUAUAAGCAGCUACCUAAACUUGUGUGACUUAGCCAUAAUUUUAUUUUAAGU